UCCGCGUCGGCUUGGAAGAAGCGGCUCGUGGAGUUUGCAGGAAACUUCAGGCUUCGAUUGCUGAAUCACUCUUGUGUUUCAUCAGAUACGAGGAUGGAUUCUCAGUAUGGGCCUGUCGCUCUGGGUAUACUGGCAGGUGUAGGCUGUGGGUUCUGCCUCGGGUGGCACCUCGGUGGGCGUUUUGGCAGAUCGUCCUGCAGCAUGAUGGCAGCUUUAGGAAACGGCGCCGGUGCUGGCAGCGAAGCCAGCGUGAUGGGCGAGAGCGGAGAGUUCAAAAUGAUCCUGGUGGUCCGAACCGAUCUGAAGAUGGGCAAAGGUAAAGUGGCGGCCCAGUGCUCCCACGCUGCCGUGUCCGCCUACAAGCAGGUCCAGCGCAGAAACCCAGAGCUCCUGAAACAGUGGGAGUACUGUGGUCAGCCCAAAGUUGUGGUCAAGGCUCCAGACGAGGACUGUCUGCUGGAGCUGCUGUCCCACGCCAAAGAGAUCGGACUGCCGGUCAGUUUAAUCCAAGAUGCUGGAAGAACCCAAAUUGCACCAGGGUCUCGGACGGUUCUUGGCGUGGGACCGGGACCUGCUGAUCUUGUUGAUAAAGUGACUGGACACCUAAAAUUGUAUUGAUUGAUAUUAUUGGAUUAAGAUGGGACUAAUCUGGGACAGUUUGACCAAUACUUAUCAUUUUUAUACUACCAGAAAGUGCAGUGAAGUUGAAUUAAAAUGGUUUAAAUGACACAUUGAUUUAUAGGUUUAACCAUUUAUUUUAAGUAAACAGUUCACCCAUUUCAUCAUUGAACACGAGUAAAAAAUUUUUGGUCAUAGUAAGUCUUAUGUACAGAAAAUUUGUUAUUUGGGAAUAUCAUUUCUAUCAUAUUUCAAUCACCCCUCUCAUACCCAAUGUUUGUUAAACUUUGGUGCAGAACCCACCUCCUGUUCCCGUUUCAAUCACACAACAAUGCUUGUAUGAUAAAUUCUGUGAACAUAUGGAUUUAAAACACUGGAUUUAUGUCAAACUGGCUUCUUAAGUCAGUCUUGAGUAUUAACAGUUUUAUUUACACGAGUGAUUAAGACACAAAUUCCGUUUAUUUUAUGAAUGUCAGAAUGAAACUGUCCAGUGAGUAUGAAGGGGGAGACAUUACAAAGAUUUUUUUGGGAAAGAAUACAUGGCACAAUCUGUUUUUAACCAGACUUUUCUUGACAAACAAGAAACCUUUAUUUAUAUUGUAAUCUGGGG